UCGCAUUGAGAAUUUUCAGUAAUUUUUUCUGGCGUAGCGCAGUGACAUGGCUAAUUAUUUAUAAUAAGUUAAUAUUUACUAUAGAUAAGUAUAUAACUACGAAAUAAAAAAUAUUUUAUUCUAUAUUCGAAAUCAUUUUUUUUUAUUUAUUGAUAUUUGCAAUCAAUUCUCGCAUUGAGAAUUUUCAGUAAUUUUUUCUGGCGUGGCGUAGUGACAUAGCUAAAUAUUUAUAAUAAGUUAAUACUUAUUAUAGAUAAGUAUAAGUAUCCGAAAUCAUGAAAAAUUAGUUUCAAAAAGAUAAUGCAUACACAUUAUUUCAUAGCGUUGUUACGGUCCUGUUACACCAAUCGAUGUUGCCGAGUAUUUCAGUGAUGUUAAGGGGAAAUAGUGAAUACAAUGGCACGCAUACGAAAAUUUUAGCUUUGCGUGGGGAAUGGAGCGAAAACGAGGAGCCAAUAAGAUUCGUGGGAAAUACUGAGUAAUACGUAGCAGCCAAUAAGAAUUCCGUAAUGAUUUGGCUCCAUUCGGCAUCACUUCCCAGAAUUCUGUGCGCGUAAUUUGUAAGAAAUCAAUAAAAUAUUGCUUCCAAGUUAAUUUCAAUAUAACAAUUUCUUCAAUUUAUGUUGUUAUAUUUUUAUUUUUAUUACUUAGUCAUGACUCAUUAUUUAAAUGUUUAAAUAAGAAGGAGAAGUCCAUCUUUCCGUUGAUGUCCAAUAAAAGCGGGAAAUGUUUACUGUUGAUUCAGCGUUCUUAUUGCAGACGCUAGUAGUUGGCGCCAGCAUCAACUUAGAUGUCGCUCUAGUUGGCUCGCUCAAUGCUGUUAUUUUGUGCACAUAUGUAUAUAUAUUUACGUAAAUGUAUAAAUAUGAAUAUUUGCAUGUGCUAUCAUAUGCAUAUCACAUACAUUGUAAGAUUAUAAUUUAAUGAGAAAUAUUUGUUUAGUCUCUGUAAUCGAUGGAUAUAUCUAUAUAUCUUAAAGUCUUUAUGUAUUAUUAUUAUUUAUUCGUUAUUGUGAUGACAAUAACAAUAAGUAAACAUUAUAAUAGGUCAUUUAGUGCUCAUUUAACCUAACGUUUGAUUUAAUUAACGUCCUUCCUAUUCGUUCACAACGUAUUUUUUUGAAUAAUACUAGUAAAUAGAAUAUUACUAGCAAAUUAGAAUAACUAGUAAAAUGAAUAUUUUUUAUCUCUGUCAAUGUUAACGUUUGUUUUUUGUUUGUCAACAGAAUUAUCGUUUAAGAUAUUUACAGAAUAAAAUUUUUGUAAUAUCUAACAUUUUACCUUUUAGUUGUACAAAAUGCCUGAGCAGCAGAAGAUUUUGAGGCUACAGGACGUUUGGCGUACUUGUAAUAAAAUCCGAGCGGCAAUUUUUCGCGUGGGUUUUAAUUUAUGGAAUUUUUACAAACCGCUAGAUCCUAACAAUAAUUGUUUAAUCUCAGAGUCGAAAUUUAUUUCGGUAUUGGCUGGGCCGCUGAAGGAUCAAAUUGGUUUGUCUGACAAAGAAAUUUCCGAUUUGGCCGAUUAUUUCCGCGUUCAGGAUGGUCGAAUAUUUUACACCCAGUUUUGUGAAAUAAUUCACGAUAGUGCUCCUGAAUUCGACAAAAGCGAACCGCUUGUAACUGGUUUGGAAUGGGAAGACCCAGAGCAUGUAAAUCGUAUAAGUGCAACGGAACAUCGAAAAUUAUGUCUCGUACUCACUCAAAUUGCCGUUCUUAUAAACAAAAGAAGACUCGUGUUGAGGCCUUACUUUCAAGAUUACGAACUGAUUGCAAAAAAUGCUGGGACUGUAACAUUCACGCAUUUCGGACGAAUCCUAAAAUUUCUAGGUAUCGUUCUUGCUUCCGAAGAAUUCUGUUUGCUUGUAAAAAGAUUCGCGAAAGAUGCUUAUACGAUCAACUAUGUGGCCUUUUUAAAGGCGAUUGACGAAAUUCAAUCUUACUUUGAUAAACAUCAAAUGCUGGCUCUUGGUGGAGAAUUACUUGAUCAAUUUCCUGGUCGAAUUAUUACGGCUGAAUUACCGAAACUUCCAAGGCCGGAAAUUGGUAAAUUCAUACCAAGCAAAGUAUUUGGGAAACAAGCUGUGUUCCAUCCGGUAAUGAAAGAACGAAGAAGUACAAUGCCCUUGAUAGAAGUUAUUCAACGUAUUCAAAGACAUAUCUUUGAAAAUCGAUUACGCAUUUCGGAAUUCUUUAAGGAUUUUGAUCCUUUGAACGCGGGCAAAACGACGAUUUCCAACUUCAAAAGAGGAUUAGACGGUCUUCAGAUUUCGAGCUUGGGACGCCUUUAUCUUGCGGAAACGGAAAUUGACGCGCUCGUUACGCUUUAUAAAGACCCAAAUGAUCCUGAUCGUGUAUGUUGGCGUACAUUCGAAGAUGACAUCGAUAAAGUGUUUACCGUGAAAGAAAUUGAAAAGCUGCCCAAUUUGAAAAUUGAGUCACCGCCAAAAGAAAUAGCGAAACUAAGUCGAAAAGGAGCGUCUAAUUGGCAAUGCGAAGGGAAAGAUAUAAGAGAUCUUUGUGAGAAAACAUUAUUAAAAGUUCGACAUCGAGUCGAGGAAAGAAGAAUUAUGAUAAAACAAUUUUUUAAGGAUUAUGAUCGACAUAACAAAGGUCACGUAUCGCGUUCGCAAUUACGUCAAGUUCUAAGAACUGCGGCUGUACUACUUUCUGAAGAAGAGGAGUUUGCAUUGGAAAAGAGGUAUAAUAAUGAUUUAGGUUUCAAUUAUAAUUGGUUUUUAAAAGAAUUAGAGGCUCAACCAAUCGAGGAGCCCCUGUACCACUCUAUGGUGAAAGAAAAAAGAAAAAUCAACGCUGAGAAACUAUCACCGGAAGCAACAGCUGAUGAAACAAAUAUCGUUUUAAUUUUAGCCAAAAUCAAAGCAAAAGUUGUGCGGGAAAGAAUAAAGGUUAUCGAAUUCAUGCGUCAAUAUGAUAUUCAUAAUGAACACGUUAUAAAAAGAACAGAGUUUCUGCGAGCUUUGGAUCAACUACGUUGUAAUUUGACUUGCACAGAAAUGGGAACUAUUAUGAAUAUUUUCCAAUCACCUUUAAGAUCAGAUUCCGUGGAUUAUGUGAAAUUUGGAGAAGUUGUCGAAGAAGCUGUUGCUAUGGGAAGUUUAGAAAGAGCACCACUUUUAGUGCCUGUACAACACGUGCCUUCGGAAGCUUCCCCUAAGACAUUCUUGAAUUUCGAUGAAAGGCACAUGGCCACAACGGCAGUAGACAAGCUAAGCAGAAUGCAACAACCGAAUCUUGAGGAGUUGUUCAGGGGCUACGAUAAAGAGAAUAUUGGUACAGUUUCGAAAGAGUGUUUGAUCAAAGUUCUGUCUAUCAGGCGUAUGUUAGAAUUAAUUAGCAACAGAGAACUGGACGCUGUGCACAAAUGUUUCUCCGUAGAAAGAGGUGGCCGAUUAGAAAUUGAUUAUCGAGCAUUUUUACGCGCUUUGUAUCUGAUGCAAGAGAAUAGAAAACAUCUGCCUUUCUAGCUAUCUUGAGCAUUGUAUUUUGAGUUAAAAAUAAACAUUGUUGAUGCGUGAAGAUAUAAAAUAUUUUAUAGAGGUAACUCAGGUAUGUUUUUUUUUAUUUGUCGAUUUUUAUGUACAUAUAGUGUAAUGUCCCCAUAAAAUAUUAUGAGAUAUGAAAACUCUAAUUUUACAAUAUUCUGUUUUUGUUUUAGAACAUUUGAACGAUAUUAUUCUGAUUGCAAUACUUGAAAUACCAUACAUAAUUUUUGUAAGCGUAUUUAAUGUAUAUUAUGUAUGAUAUGUAUAUACAUAUAUUUAUAUUAUACAAAUUAUAUUGUAUUCAUAAUGAAUUUUCUUAUCUAUUAAAUUAAUUAUUGUAUUAUAUACUGGUAUUAUAUUUAUGAUUUACAUGGAA